AGAGACCGAGCUCAUUCAUGAGGGAAGAGUCCUUCACGACAGUGUCCAAGUUCGUGAUCGUGACUCCGCAAGCAUGGCAGGAAAGCUUAAAACCCUAACAACCGUGUUAAAGGCUGCAGCAGCUGGACUGUCGUCAAACCCCGCAGUGCUUUCUCCGGCUGCAAUAUGCCACCACAGACUGCAACACAGGAACUAUUCAACCAAGCGUAUAAAGGUUGACCAGCCAGUGGUGGAAAUGGAUGGAGAUGAGAUGACGCGAAUCAUUUGGGAGUUCAUCAAGGAAAAGCUCAUCCUGUCCAACGUGGAUGUAGAACUGAAGUAUUAUGACCUGGGUCUGCCCUACCGAGACCAAACCGAUGACCAGGUCACCAUCGACUCCGCUCUGGCUACUAAGAAAUACAACGUGGCGGUAAAAUGUGCCACAAUCACCCCCGAUGAGGACCGAGUUGAGGAGUUCAAACUGAAGAAGAUGUGGAAGAGUCCCAACGGGACUAUCAGGAACAUUUUGGGCGGCACAGUUUUCCGUGAGCCCAUCCUGUGCAAAAACAUUCCACGUCUCGUCCCCGGUUGGACACAAGCCAUCACGAUUGGCAGACAUGCUUUUGGAGAUCAGUACAAGGCCACAGACUUUGUCGUGGACACGCCAGGCAAGUUUAAGAUGGUGUUUUCUCCAGCUGACGGGAGCAAGCCGCAGGAGUGGGAAGUCUACAACUUCCCCGCAGGAGGCUGUGGGAUGGGAAUGUACAACACUGAUGACUCCAUCACUGGAUUUGCACACAGCUGCUUCCAGUACGCCAUCCAGAAGAAGUGGCCCCUGUACAUGAGCACCAAGAACACCAUCCUCAAGGCCUACGACGGCCGUUUCAAGGACAUCUUUCAAGAGAUCUUUGAGGCGACAUAUAAGCCUGAGUUUGAUAAGCUGAAGAUCUGGUAUGAGCACCGGCUCAUCGAUGACAUGGUGGCCCAGGUCCUGAAGUCGUCGGGGGGGUUCGUGUGGGCCUGCAAGAACUACGACGGAGAUGUGCAGUCAGACAUUCUGGCUCAGGGCUUUGGUUCUCUGGGUCUCAUGACAUCAGUCCUAGUUUGUCCCGACGGCAAAACGAUCGAGGCCGAGGCUGCUCACGGCACGGUGACCCGGCACUACCGCGAACACCAGAGAGGCAAACCAACCAGCACCAAUCCCAUCGCCAGCAUCUUCGCGUGGACCAGAGGGCUGGAGCACCGGGGGAAGCUGGAUGGAAAUCCUGAUUUAAUAAAGUUCUCUCAGACUUUAGAAAAAGUCUGUGUGGAAACUGUGCAAAGUGGCGUGAUGACCAAAGACCUUGCUGGCUGCAUCCACGGCUUGGCUAACUGCAAGCUGAAUGAACAUUAUGUCAACACAACAGACUUCCUGGACGCCAUCAGGACCAACCUGGACAAAGCUCUGUGCAAGUGAAGGACAGCCAGAAAUCACACUCGCUAACUGGAGAGCCAAACCUUUUCGUAAAAACUAAAGAGCUUGUUUUUAGCUUUUGUCUGUACAAACCUCUGUUAACGGAAACUUUUUUGUUUUUCAUUUUAAUCCUGAGAAGUUGGUGACAAUGUUCCUCUGUUCUCAUUGCUCACAUCUUUACUUUGCACAAAUUGAGAGAUGAAUGUAAGACAUAUUUAUGUUGAUUUCAUGUUAAUUUCAAAGAUGCGUCCAGUUUUAAGGUCGGGGUGUCCUCAGGGAAUACAUGUGAAAUCAAUGUUUGUCAAAUAAGCAUGAAUAGGAAAAAAAAAAGAUUUAUUGCUCGUUACUUGAUAACAGUGUGUUGUACUAUUGUUUCCUUGAACGCAGAGACAGAAAGUAAUCGGUACAAACUCGGGUGUGGUUACAUUUCUGUGGCUCAGGGCCACAGCAGUUAACUCAGACAGAUGCAGAUGUUGAACUCGGCCUCAAAUAACAUCUGAAAUCUG